AUGGUUGAAUCAAAAUUAUACGAAGUGCUCUUUUUAUGUAUAACUUCAUCACCAUCAGCAGUUCAUCUUCUUUUAUCACCAUCAGCAGUUCAUCUUCUUUCAUCACCAUCAGCAGUUCAUCUUCUUUCAUCACCAUCAGCAGUUCAUCUUCUUUCAUCACCAUCAGCAGUUCAUCUUCUUUCAUCACCAUCAGCAGUUCAUCUUCUUUCAUCACCAUCAGCAGUUCAUCUUCUUUCAUCACCAUCAGCAGUUCAUCUUCUUUCAUCACCAUCAGCAGUUCAUCUUCUUUCAUCACCAUCAGCAGUAUCUUGUUCAUCACCAUCAGCAGUUCAUCUUCUUUCAUCACCAUCAGCAGUUCAUCUUCUUUCAUCACCAUCAGCAGUUCAUCUUCUUUCAUCACCACCAGCAGUAUCUUGUUCAUCUUCUUCACAAUUUUCAUACGUAGUUAACAGUUCUUUAACUUCUUCAUUAUUUUUCUUGUACAAGAUAAAAAAAAUCCAUAUUGGAAUGGGCAUAACAUAG